CACCGAAUGGGGCGGCUUCAGAAGUCAACAGGCAGCGGUUGGUCGGGCGGCGGCGGCGGAGAUGGAGCCGGAGCCCCGGGACCGGGUCCGUCCCCGGGCCGCCGGCCGCCCCUGAUCCCGGGACCAUGCGCCCCCGCCCCCGCCUCGCCCUCCUGGCCGUCCUCGUCCUGAGCUCCGCCACCCACACCCCCGACUCACCGCUGCGAGAUCCGUAUCAGGAUGAAUGUUAUUACAGGAAAAUCUUUUGUCACAAGAAAGCAAUCUGUAGGCUGGACUUGGUGACCCAGCUGUUUUACUGUCAAUGCCUGCCUGGAUAUACUGGUGAUGGAAUGAAUAACUGCCAGGAACCUGAGGGCCUGAUUACAGUGUCGGAUCUGGGAAGCUGCAGCAGAACAGAAGUCCAAACUUGCCUCAUAACAAAACCAGUCGGAGGAAACAUAACCUUCAGUGUCUCUGUGUCUGGUUAUAAACCGGAGCACAUUGCUUGGUUUAAAUUUUAUGCUUCUCAAGGACCAAUUUUUCACAGUUACAGGAGAAGACUGACUCCUCCUGCUGAGCUGCUUCCCGGGAUUCUGCUGAAGAGCCGGAACCUAGCCAUGGAGCUGGUCAAUGUCAGCGAGGACGAUUUCUACCCCAACAGGUUCUGGGUCGAGUUUGAAAGCGAGAUUUUUAAACAGAUGGAAAGUGCAAUAGAACCAUAUGAUGAUGCCCCAUUUGAGUUACUGAAUCCCACACGGAUACGCUAUUAUUUUGUUCUUGACAGCCCUCCGAUUGGGACGAAGAAUUUGGCCACAUCCGCGCAGUUGUUUAUGAUUUUACAGAGAAAGUCCCUGGGAAGGUGGCUGUAGCACAAAGACUGUUUGAAGUCAGGAAAGACGUAACGAAGACCUGUGCAGAGAGCAUUAGGAGCACUCACAGCUGCAAAUGCAAUGAUGGGUUUGAAGGGAACGGUGUUCACUGCUUGGAUAUUAACGAAUGCACACAAGGAAUGCCCUACAACUGCCUCCCAGAAGCGACUUGCGUUAACACCCCUGGCUCCUACAAGUGUCAGUGUGAGGAGGGAUAUGAUGGAGACGGCAUAUUUUCCUGCAUAGAUGUCGAUGA